AUGUCGGACCAGUCCCCACAUAACGACCGGAAGUCCCCGGAAUUCAUGGGCGAACCUGUUCUCAUAUUCUCAGAGCCGAACUUUGGGGAACUCCCACGGUCAGAGCACCCCAACUCGUCGUUCCUCACGUCUCCUGGAUCUCAUGACCACUACCCGCUCGACUCGCCAGCGGCGGCGGCUGGUGCAGGCCGUGCAGACGGACCAUGUGAGUCACAGACGACGGGCGAUGGUGCUGGACAUCCGACGCAAGAUGGUUCUACGCGCCGCCGAGCGCGAGCUACGAGCGACGCCGAAGAUGCUUCACGUAAGUCUAAGAAGGUGCGCCACGCGUCCAGGGCGCCGUCUGAGCAAAUCGCAGCACCGAAUGAACAGAGCGUCGAUGAAACCGCGAAGCACCCUCGAAAGAAAAAGCCGAAGCGUAAACUCCCAAAGGGAACUCCUCGUGAAGCCAGUGACUCCGGCGCCCCGUCUCCAUCCCAUAACAAUCUGUCCCUCAACGUCGUCCAUGCAAAGGUGGCGGGACAGUCGUCCAACCCUGCACCUGAGCAGGACCAGCCUGCGCCGAGCGGAGCGCCUGGAUCGACCACUAGUAGUCCCCCGGAAACUCCCGUUGCCCAUGCAUCCGGUGGCUCCGAUGCUCCCUCUCCGUCUGAUGACCAUCCGUCCGGUGAGGACGUGCAUGCGAAGGAGGUCAGGCAGUCGCUAUUCAACCCUGCACCUAAGCAGGACCAGCCGGUACCGAACGGAGAUCCUGGGUCGACCACUAAUAGGCUCACCCUUGAAUCAGAGCACAUGGAAACUCCCAUCUCCCAGGCAUUAUCCAACUCCGCACCUGCGGACGACCGACCGGCACCGAGCGGACCAUUCCAGGCGACCACUGGUAGUCUGCCUUUGGCAACAAAGCUGGUGGAAACUCCCCUCGCCCGCGCAUCUGGUGUUUCAGUCGCCCCAUCUCCGUCCGGUGCCAAUCCGUCCCUCAACGAUGAGCCCUCGAAGGUAGCAAAGCCAGCACCUGAUCCGUCGGUGCCGAGUCAACCAUCUGAGCUGACCACCAGUAGUCCGACCUGGGACUUAGAUUUGUGGGAAAUCCCAGAGCUUGAUGCUGCGUUACUUUCAAUUGGCCAGGCACAAGUCGCUGAACAGCCUCGUGGUCUCGUCAUGCAGCCGAACCAUCGCUUCAUAUCCACGAUGCAGCGGGCGCAAGACAGCAUUGCUUUACUCUCAGGAAUCGCGCCUACUGCGAACGCACCUGUCCUGGCUGCCGCCUCGCUCGCUGGAAUCGCACCUACUGCAAACGGACCUGUUCUCUCGUUUGCUGGAAUCCCGCCUACUGCGAACGCACCUGUCCUGGCUGCCGCCUCGCUCGCUGCCGCCAUCAAUAAGUCGUUUCAGGGCAGUCAUGUCGGCGCUAUAUUACAUUCCCAAUCCGACGGCCCCGGCAGUCCUGCGCGCACGAACGACCUCGUACAGGACCAUGGGACCGACCGCCCGGCGCCAGACCCCUCGCAACCCGACGGCCCCGGCAGUCCUGCGCGCACGAACGACUUCGUACAGGACCAUGGGACCGACCGCCCGGCCCCAGACCCCUCGCAACCCAACGGCCCCGACAGUCCUGCGCGCACGAACGACCUCGUACAGGACCAUGGGACCGACCGCCCGGCGCCAGACCCCUCGCAACCCGACGGCCCCGGCAGUCCUGCGCGCACGAACGACCUCGUACAGGACCAUGGGACCGACCGCCCGGCGCCAGACCCCUCGCAACCCGACGGCCCCGGCAGUCCUGCGCGCACGAACGACUUCGUACAGGACCAUGGGACCGACCGCCCGGCCCCAGACCCCUCGCAACCCAACGGCCCCGACAGUCCUGCGCGCACGAACGACUUCAUACAGGACCAUGGGACCGACCGCCCGGCGCCAGACCCCUCGCAACCCGACGGCCCCGACAGUCCUGCGCGCACGAAUGAUUUUGUACAGGACCAUGGGACCGAUCGCCCAGCACCAGACUCCUCGCCCUCUGGUUACGCUCCGGCUGCUUCUCCGUCCAAGAACGGCCGGCGCCGCCGUUCAGGACGCACUACCGACCCCCCCGGCAAGUAUGCGGGGGCCGAUCCAGACUCAUCCGGUCUUAGCGACGAUUACACCCCGGACCAUGGGGAGGGUCGUCCUAAGAAAAAGAAGAAGAAAUUCUCCGAUUUUUUUGAUCCUCGGGCUGACCUAUCAGAGUCACAGGACGUGUCGCCUAGCACCAGCGUGCCCAACGCCGCAUGGCCGAGCUCGCCAACUGCGUCGAAGAAGCAUCGUCGACCAGGACCGCUUACUAGUGACGAGCUCGCGGCUGUGGAAGCAAAGCAAGCAGAAGUCGACGCGUGGUGCGCAAGUAUGGCUGCCGUGUCGCGUAAGAGUCCUGCCCUCUUCCUGAAGGCGCUUACGCUGCCUGUGGCAAAGAGGUUCCGUGGUCCCAAUCCCUGGACAGCUUAUGAACGGUGGUAUCGUGUUCAUCGCGGUAUUCACACGGAUGAAGAUCCGGACCGCUUUAUGGCCCGCAUGCGUGCGGAUUAUCGUGCGCUCUUCGAAGGGAUCGACGAGGACGACACCCUUGCCAGAGCCGAAAUUGUCAAGCCGUUCAUCGAAUGGGAGCGUGAAUGCAUCGAAGAGUACCUUGCAGAUGCCGAGCAAAACGGUAAUCUGCGCAAGGAAUUACAAAGUGCCUUGCGAGAAAUCAAUGCCAUGGGCCGUCGUCUCUAUAUGCUCUAUGGGUUUCACAUGUUCGGGUCUCUCAUUCACCUGGGCAACGCUGGCUCUUACUCUUUUGGCAAUUCUCCUGAAUGGGAAUUUUUCAAAAAGCGUUACGAACAGGACUUUGGAGCCACUUUGCAGACCUAUCAAGCGCUGCUGACACUGAGCCGUGAUCAACUUGCGAACGGGGGCGACGCAUUCGGGGAUCUCAUCCCACCUCCUUCCGCCGUGUCGAAGGCAGAGUCCAGCGAUAAGCCGGAUACCAACUCGCAGAUUGGCAACAAGUCGAAGCAGGGAAAGAAGGGAAAGAAGGACAAGACGGACAAGAAGGGCAAGAACCCGGAUUACCGCGACGGUCGCAAUAAUCUCUUCCAAGAUCAUAUGUUGACCAGCCUGGUUGGCAUCAACUCUAAGGCCAAGCAAGUUUCCUGGAAAGGCCUGUCCGACCUGUUAUUCAAGUGGAAAUGCCGGCUGGUCAACUUCAACCCGCACGUCAACCUGCAUUGUUCGAAGAAGUACCACCGCACCGGCUUCUGCCUCAAGGGCGACCACAACGGCGACUUCAUCAAGGACAUGGUCGACGCACUUGAGCCCGGCGCGAAUACUGAGGGGGCCCACCCCAAGAAGUUUUGGAUGGAGAAGUGGAGGGAAGAGGAAAUGAAGCUGCCUGUAGCGCAGCAAGGCGCCAUCCCACUGAUCCUCGGAUGGGUACCGUCUCAAAACCCGCCUGCAAACAAGCACGUUAUUCAACACGUAUCACCGCACCGCCCUUCGGACAGCAUCGCGCAGGUGGUUCUCUGUCGCGUGGCGUCUACGGCGGCUUGGUAUCGUGCUUUUGGUCCGAAAGAUCAGAAGGAGCGCAAACCGAAGUCUAAAAAGCGUUCGAAGACUAAGCCCCGUGGAGACGGCGAUGCCUCAGGGCCCGAGGAAGACGAGGAUUCUUCCUCUGACGAUGAUUAUGACGACUUCGAGGAUGAUUUGAUCGCGCGUGCCGUUGCUGCCGCCGCAGCCAGCGGCUCAAUCGACCCAAAGAUGCGAACGGCCCCUUCCAAGGAACGCGUUGACACAAGCAAACCUGCUGCACAAUCCCGCGAGGUGUCUUCCGAACAAUUGUUAGCGGGUACGCGAGGUGAUCCAGGUGAUAACGGGGGAAAUCGUACGGACAACGUCGAUGUUGACAUGCAUGUAUCCGAAGAACGCCCUCCCUCUCACGUUGACGAGCCUGCCCACCCGCCCCCACCUACUGUCGUCAAGCCCAAACCCAAGCCCCGUCCUGUCGGCUCGAAGAAAAAGAAGGAAGUUGUUCCCGCCGACUCCCCCAAUGUCACCGCGCCUCUUGAACCCCCGUCACGGGGCACGGGUGUGCUACAUCAAGAUCAUGCACCACAGGGUGCAGGCAACGUGGAGUGCUCUGAGGACAGCCACCCUCGAUACUCGUCGCACGAAUAUGAGCGCCCGCCGUCGCCGGCACCUUCCAACAAGAAACCGAAGCGUCGUCCGAAGCCCAUCGAAGUCGAUGAUGAUGAACAUGGGGGUGUGUCCGCGCCCCCCCCGCACCGGCAUGAUCGCUACCGUUCGCUGUCCAAAGAUCCGGAACGUCGCUCGAACCGGAACGAUGGUCCUGCAGAAGAAGGAUUCCCUAUGGCUCCUCCCCGGUGGUCGGGUUCCAUACCGCCAUCGUCCAGAGCCCGGGAGCGCCUGCGGCAGCAACAACUCUCGGAACGACGACCUCACGCUCUUAUGCCUCGCGACUACGAUUACGACAUCGGCCGCUUACAACGCCGCCGCAGUCGUUCUCCGGAUUUUGACCGUUGGCGGCAGAUGUCUCCAUCUGUUGAUUGGGAUGCACCUGGAUACGCGGAGCUACCUCCGCGGCACGCCUACGACUCAUACUACGAUGAAUUAAAGGCGUCCCUAUCACGACUACGACACGUACGAUGA